AUGACAAUCCCCCUCUCCGUCAUCCGCGCCAUCGACACACUCCCAUCAACUCUCCGGAAUUCCCUCGACCUCAACACCCGUAGCGUUCACGGUCUCCUCGCCGCAGAACUCGCCUUAGAACGCGUCACGGACUCAUCCAUAUCCGACUCCGACUCGAACUUCUACUCAGCCUGGCGCUCAAGUUUGCCCAGCCCAGCCUCAUUGGAAUCGUCCCUGCCAAUUCUCUGGCCAUCUACAUUGCAAGACCUCCUCCCUCCGACAUCGCGCUCACUCCUAUCCAAACAGCACCGGAAAUUGACCCGUGAUUGGGACGCAGUGUCCAGCAAAUUUCCCACAUUAUCUCACGAUGUAUAUCGACAUGCCUGGCUCCUUGUCAAUUCUCGGACAUUUUAUUACACUUCCCCAGACCCAAAUGAAUCGCCUCGGGAGGCUGAUGACUGUCUAGCCCUCGUGCCGUAUGCAGAUUACUUCAACCACACCGCCGGCAUUAGUGGUUGUUGUAAAGUCUCGUACUACUCAUCCGGAUUUGAGAUCUGCGCCCCACCUGAUCGGCAGGUCGACCAGGGUCAAGAACUCUACAUCAGCUACGGCAAUCAUAGUAACGAUGUCCUCCUCGUCGAGUAUGGAUUCAUUCUCGACGAGAAUAAAUGGGAUGAAAUCUCGCUCGACGAAGUCAUGGGCCCGUUGUUUGAUGAAUCAACGAAAAACAGACUAGAUGAGGCUGGGUUCUGGGGGAAUUUCAAAUUAGACAAAGACACAAUCUGCUAUCGGACGCAGGUGGCGUUGAAGGCGCUGUGUAUGCCGCCGCGGACGUGGAAGCGGGUUCUUGCGAAGGGUGCGUUCGAGGACGGCGACAAGUAUCAGCUCAAAGCCGAUGAGCUGUUGUUAAAGGCACUGAAGGCGUAUUUGCUGAUGGUUGUUGAGAACCUGAGGCAAAUUUCGGCGCUUGGUGACGAUGAGGGAAUGGUCUCUCAAAGGCAAACGUUGAAGAGGCGGUGGGAGCAGAUACAUCUGCUCUUGACAACUGCUGUUGCGAGAAUCGAAGAUUGA